AAAGCCUUAUUUCAGAGAGUACUUCCUGAAAGAGACAAACCGACAACGAGUGAAUACCAACUCCUCUGCCAAGUGUUAUAUUUGAAACAAUUUUGUAAAUGAAAAGAAGACCUCAGACGAAAGAAAUACUACAUUUCUUAAAUAUACCGUUUUUUAGAAAGAGCUAUUUUAACGCAAGAUAUCUUUUUUAUAUACCUGGAUAUGAAGAAAUAUGUUCCUCUCUAACACAGCCAUUUGAUGGACAGGAGUUUCUAAGUGCCGUUCCCCCAACAAAUUAUAAGAUGACCACUCCUCACAAUCCAGUUCAACCUAGCCCUCCGAACGACUCACACCCAGAAGAAUACAAGAUCGCAGCCCUUGUCUUCUACAGCUGUAUCUUCACAAUCGGAUUAUUUGUUAAUGCCACUGCCUUAUGGGUUUUUAGCUGUACCACCAAGAAGAGAACCACUGUGACCAUCUAUAUGAUGAACGUAGCAUUGUUGGACUUAAUAUUUAUAAUAAGCUUACCCUUUCGGAUGUUUUAUUAUGCAAAAGGUGAAUGGCCAUUCGGAGAGUACUUCUGCCAGAUUCUUGGGGCUCUCACGGUGUUUUACCCAAGCAUUGCUCUAUGGCUUCUUGCUUUAAUUAGUGCCGACAGAUACAUGGCCAUUGUGCAGCCAAAAUAUGCCAAAGAACUUAAAAACACAGGCAAAGCAGUGCUAGCGUGCGUGGGAGUCUGGAUAAUGACCCUGACAACCACCGUCCCACUUCUGCUGCUCUACGAAGACCCAGAUAAAGCCUCCGCUCCCCCGACCUGCCUGAAGAUUUCUGACAUCAUCCACUUAAAAGCUAUUAACAUGUUAAACUUCACUCGACUGAUAUUUUUUUUCUUGAUUCCCCUGUUCAUCAUGAUUGGGUGCUACUCAGUCAUCAUUCAUAGUCUCCUUCACGGGAAGACAUCUAAGCUGAAACCAAAAGUCAAGGAGAAGUCUAUAAGAAUCAUCAUCACACUCAUGGUACAAGUGAUCGUCUGCUUCAUGCCUUUCCACAUCUGUUUUGCUUUCCUGAUGCUGGAAGGGGAGGAGAACAGUUACAGUCCCUGGGGAGCCUUUACCACCUUCCUCAUGAACCUCAGCACCUGUCUGGAUGUGAUCCUCUACUACAUUGUUUCAAAACAAUUUCAGGCUCGCGUCAUCAGCGUCAUGCUCUACCGCAAUUACCUUCGGAGCGUGCGCAGAAAAAGCUUCCGCUCAGGUAGUUUACGGUCACUAAGCAACAUAAACAGUGAAAUGCUUUGAACGAUAAGUAGGGUUUUGUCUUUAGCUUCUUUAUAUUCACUUUACUAACUACCCUAAGGUCAGUGGAUAUUCUGUAUAUUACCAAGUAAGUCCCUUCUCGCCUGAAAAAAACAAACUUAAAAACACUUUUGUGGGAUCUAUUGUGUGACAACAUAAUUAAAUAUUCUUAAGUAUGAAUUCAUUAUUUUUAUUUUCAAAACUUGUAUGAAACAUAUUUGGGAGUUAUUGAGAGAAAAAUAUGCAUUUGUAUUUCACAAUCAAGUCUUAUCUAAAUACAUAGUUGACAACUUUUUGGAUUUAAUUCUAUGUGCAAGUGAGUCGACGUCAAUCAAGUCAGUAGGCCAAAAAAAAAAAUCCACUUACUGUUCCAAAUAGUUUAAAUUAUUAAAUUAUAAUUUGAUUAAACCAAAACCAAAGCUCCCUUUGGUUUAACUUACACUCAGGAUUGACAGUCUAAAUCUUACAAUAGUUUGUCUUCCAAGAUUCCUACACAAACAACUAUAUUCAACCCAUCACUGUUACUUGCCACCAACCAAAAUUAGCAGGAGCCAUCACCUCAAGGGGCCUGCAAAGGCAAUCUCCAUUAGCCCUCCCCUAUUCUGAAUUCAUUUUUUUGGGGGGGGGGACAGACUAUAGUCAUUCAAUAAACACUGAGAGCCUACCGUGCACCAGACUCUACUUACAACCAAUGCAAGAGACCUAAUCCCAGACCCUAUUUCUGCCCAAUAACCCAAGUUCAUUUCUCCUACACAAAGUUUCUGCUGUUAGGUAAAAUAUAUUCCUCCAGUAUAAACUGAUUGCUCUUCAUACUGACUAAACAUUACAUUACAAGAAGACGAUUUUUUUCCCAGGCCAUAUAUCGCAGUGUAACAGCACUAGUCAGGGACCUUGGAUUCUUCCCCCAGCCUUGCCAUUUAAUUUCCCCUAAUGAAGUAACAAACCAAGUAACUUCCCUAUUUAAAAAGAAAAGAAAGUAAACUAUAAUCUGUAAAGGACAUAGUAUUCUAAAUAUUAUGGAAAUUAGUCUACCAUAACUUCC